AUGUGUGUUCUGCAGCGUCCAAGGAGUGAAAACGAACAUGGCAAAACGACCAAACACCGCGCACAGUCACCUCAUGCACGUGCCAGGAAAGAUCAGUCCGAAGAGGACACUUCCAAGGACAAAAUCGCUGGAAAACCAUCUUCUCAGCCGGUUGUAUUGGCCCGCACUAUCCAAGGACUGCUGCUGUUGGGGACCAGAAUGGUGCAACAAUCGAUGCGCAACGCGCUUUCACCGCUGUUGGUGUUCAUGAGUGCGGAACUGGACAUCACAACCGUGCAGAAAGGAAGUUUGCUGUCAGCCAUUGCUGCAGGGUACUUCUUCACGCAGGUGCCAGGGGGUGCGCUUGCAGAUCGCCUUGGAGCCAAAAAUGUCAUGACGGCCGCACUUGGUUUUAGUGCACUUUGUUGUUUGGUGCUGCCCUUGUGUGUAGAUUCAAUGGGAGUGUCGGGCCUUUGGUAUAUCAUGAUGGUUAUGGGCAGCGUGCAGGGCCCGUUGUUCCCAACGAGCACGGUGUACCUAAGCAAGUGGAUGCCCAAAAAAAUUGAAGGCCAAACGGAUGAGAAGGCUUGGGGCACUAGCAUGUUGGACAUCGGCGUCACAGUAGGCACCUUGUUCGUGAUUCCUGUCGUUAACAGCCUGGCUGGUACAGUGGGCUGGCGGCUAACGUACCAGACCAUUGGGCUUUUCAGUUUGGCCUUCGUAGGUCUGUGGCAAGUGCUAGCCGCGGAAGAGCCGAGCAGGUGUUUUUACAUCUCUGACAGCGAGCUGAAAUUCCUGCAGGCGAAUGUCCCCAGACCAAAGCCCAAGAGCGGUAAGGAUGAGGGUAAGGAUGGCUCUGGAAAGCCUGGGGUUCUUGGUAUGCCUUUGGGCGUAGCUCUGCAUCCAAGCCUUUGGGCCAUCUUUUUUGCUCACAUUGCCUUCAACUAUGGAGUGUACUACCUGACGAACUGGAGCCCGACGUACUACAGCGACGUGCUUGGUUUGAAACCUGAAGAGGCGAAGUAUCAUCUCAUGGCCCCUUACAUCAUGAGCUUGAUCACGACAUGUUUGAGCCCAAUGCUGGUGAAGGCAGUGGGGAAGUUGGGCUGGGAUUUGCUGACCAUGCGGCGCGUUUUCACAGCAGCUGGAUUCAUUUCAGCAGGUGUGGCACUGGCUCCAGUCCACCAAUUGCGGGGCUACAAUCCGUGGAUCUCUACGAUGCUCUUUAGUGCUGCCAAUGUAUUCUAUGGUUUAACGCCCAACGGCUUCAAGGCAAACUAUUUAGAAAUUACAGAGCAGUACAUUGGAGUAGUGAGCGGCUACGGCAAUACCCUUGGAACUGUUGCUUCCUGGGCAGGACCACAAUUCGUAGCGUUCCUUCUUCAGCGCUUCGAAAGUUGGGACAAUGUGAUGCUUUCAUUGGCCAUCAUGAAUGUCAUGGCUUCGGUGAACUACAUUCGAUCGGCCAGCGUGAAGCCUGUCGAGAAGCUGGUUGAGUCAAAGAAGGCAGACACAAAGAAGGUUGACUGA